AUGAUUGAAGACCUCUUGGCGGGCACAACGCCCAUCCGGACCUCAUCCUGGCUGCUGGGGCUGUUCGUUAUUUUCUGUGUAUUUCGCAAACUCCAAGCCUCAGCACAAAUAGCACGUCUUGGCGCCAGGGCCCCAAAGAUUAAAUUCCAUCUCCCAUAUGCCCUUGACUUCAUCUACAAAGGACAGCAGGCCAACUUAGCGAGCCAAGACCUCGAAUUUUGGAAUGAUUCUAUUGCGCAAGCAGGGGGAAGGAAGAGUGUCAAGACCGCCGAGCUUGACGCUGGUAUUUCUACCCGCGCCAUCAUGACCAAGGAUCCGGAGAACAUUAAAGCACUACUUACCGGUCAGUUCGCCGACUACGGCAAGGGCGAGUCAUUCCACAAGGAAUGGAAAGAAUUCCUAGGCGAUAGUAUCUUCGCCACAGACGGAGAACUAUGGUCUCGCUCUCGCCAACUCAUUCGUCCAAUGUUCGUCCGUGAACGUAUUGUCGAUACAGAAAUCUUCGAGAAGCAUGUUCAGAAACUCAUUCCACUCCUCGGAGGCAGCGGUUCACCCACCAGUAGCAAGGUGGUCGAUGUCGGCUCACUCUUCUUCCGAUAUACUCUCGACGCAGCAACAGACUACCUCCUCGGCCAAGGAACAGACAGUCUUGACAACCCUGAAACAGGCUUCGCGGAAGCAUUCAGAUAUGUCCAACAACGUCAGGCAGAGUUAUUCCGCUUCGGAGUCUUCAAUUUCGCCAUGUCAAAGGUCGAGUUCCGCAAAAACCUAAAGAGAAUGGACGAGUUCAUCCAACCGUACAUCCAUACCGUGCUUUCACUUUCGACCGAUGAAUUAGACCAAAAGCUCUCAAAACGCGAAACCUUCCUAGACGCUCUUGCCCGGUUCACUCGCGACCCCCGCGUCCUCCGUGACCAACUCGUCGCCGUCCUCCUCGCAGGCCGCGACACAACAGCAGGUACACUAUCUUUCACGCUCUUUGAGCUCUCCAGACACCCAGAAGUCGUUUCCAAGCUACGGGCCGAAAUCCGGGAUCGUCUUGGUCUCGGCGCUGACGCCCAGAAACCCUCCUACACAGACCUGAAGGAAAUGAAAUACCUUAACGCAGUCAUGCAUGAGACGAUGCGCGUCUACCCUGUUGUUCCGUUUAAUGUGCGCUACUCGUUACGAGAUACAACGCUCCCUCGUGGCGGCGGGCCAGAUGGGUUAGAUCCUAUUGGUGUGCGAGCCGAUACACGAAUCAUAUACUCUACCAUGCUGAUGCAGCGGGAUCCGGAUUUGUAUGAUGGGCCUGAGUCAGAGAAUUACUUUGAUCCCGCGAAGUGGAUUCCUGAUAGGUGGGUUUCUGGGUGGCAGCCUCGACCUUGGCAGUUUAUUCCUUUUAAUGGGGGGCCGAGGAUUUGUAUUGGACAGCAGUUUGCGACUAUUGAGAUGGGGUACACUAUCAUUAGGAUCUUGCAGGCUUAUGAGAAGAUUAUUGCGCUUCCUGUUGGAGGCAAAGAGAAGGUUGAAGAUCCAAAGCUUCGGUUUGAGGUUACGCUUAGUCCUGGAUCGGAGUUGAAUUGUGUUUUUGUUAAAUAA